CAGGUGUGAGGCUUCGAGUGGCGUCAAUGGCUAAGCUUAGUAGUAGGCUCCAAUUUCAGGCCGGCGGUAGGUAUACACUGUCCAUGGUCGGGCCACAUGGUCUUGACUCCUGAGAUGUGUUCUUUCUGUGCCUGUCCAGUAAUUUCUCGGGAGCCUGUGUGGGUUCGAGUUAGAUAUGUAGUGCUGUCCUGGGCUUCCAGGUUGAGCCAUGAUACUGUUCUUCUGGACACUCUGUUCCAAGCAGACGAGGGACCAUCACAUCCCCAUAAAAGCACGUCGCAUCGCAAGCAGCACUGCUUAUCAAGGUAGUUGUUGGCUAAGCAGUUGUCGUUGUUCAUGGUUGCUUGUAUCUUACUAGUACUUACUACACCCCUCACAUCUCUUAAGACGGUACUGCUUUAAUCAGUCCGAGUCACGGUCAUACCCCUGCAGCAGCAUGGAGAGACGGGCGCCUACCAGCAGACAGCUGCCCCUGGGAGUUGGAAUUCUCCUCUUCUUCCUUCUACUUUUGUGUCCUCUCGCCGCGGUCCCGGCUCUUGGGGCCUCCACGGUCGACAUGACCGAACCACAACCUGGAGAGCCCAUCAUCGGUAUCGACCUCGGGACAACAUACUCGUGCGUCGGUAUCAUGAAGGGGGGGAAGGUGGACAUCUUAGUAAACGACCAAGGGAACAGGAUAACACCCAGCUAUGUGGCAUUUUCAGAUGGGGAGCGCCUCGUUGGCGACGCUGCAAAGAACCAAUAUGCGAGCAACCCAAAAAAUACCAUCUUUGACAUCAAGCGGUUGAUAGGUCGAAGCUUCUCAGAUAAAGGCGUACAAGAAGACAUCAAGCACAUGCCAUUCAAGGUUGCGGCAGGAAAAGGUGGGAAGCCCGUGGUUGAGGUCGAGGUCUCAGGAAAGCCGAAGCAGUUCACCCCUGAGGAGAUCAGCGCCAUGGUUCUCGGCAAGAUGAAGGACACGGCCGAACGCUACCUGGGCGAAAAGGUCAAACAUGCCGUGAUCACGGUUCCGGCCUACUUCAACGACAAACAGAGACAAGCCACAAAAGAUUCGGGCAUCAUCGCCGGUCUCAAUGUCGUUCGUGUGGUUAACGAACCCACAGCAGCGGCUCUCGCAUAUGGCAUCGACAAGAUGGAAGGCGAACACCAAGUCCUCGUCUACGAUCUCGGCGGCGGAACCUUUGACGUUUCCCUGCUGACGCUCGACGGCGGUACCUUUGAGGUGCUUGCCACGGCGGGCGACACGCGGCUCGGCGGCGAGGAUUUCGACAACAGGAUUAUCAAGCACCUCGCCACAGCCUUCAAGAACAAGCACCAGCUCGACUUGACCAAGGACACCAAGGCCAUGGGCAAGCUGAAGCGCGAAGCCGAGAAGGCCAAGCGGACCCUCUCGUCACAAUCGUCUACCCGGAUCGAGAUCGACAGCCUCUUCAACGGAAUUGACUUCUCCGAGACGCUGACCAGGGCCAAGUUUGAGCAGCUGAACAUGGAUCUGUUCAAGAAGACGCUUAAGCCCGUCGAGCAGGUGCUCAAGGAUGCCAAAAUGAGCAAGGCGGACGUGACCGACAUUGUUUUGGUGGGCGGGUCGACACGGAUCCCCAAGAUCCAGAGCCUGGUCGAGGAGUUCUUUGGAAAGAAGGCUAGCGGAGGUAUCAAUCCUGACGAAGCUGUGGCGUUUGGUGCGGCCGUUCAGGCAGGGAUUCUCUCGGGGGAAGAGGGCACCGGGGCUUUGUUGCUCAUGGACGUGAAUCCCCUUACCCUUGGGAUUGAGACGGUAGGAGGCGUCAUGGCGCAACUGAUUCCCCGUAACACCCAGAUCCCAACGACCCGGUCUCGAAUCUUCUCCACAACCGAAGAUAACCAAGACAGCGUCGUGAUCAAGGUAUAUGAAGGCGAGCGCACCCUGACCAAGGACAACAGCCUCCUGGGCAGGUUCGAGCUCACGGGUAUACCCCCGGCACGGCGCGGGGUCCCGUCGAUCGAGGUCACGUUUGCGCUUGACGCCAACGGCAUCUUGCAGGUCUCGGCGCAGGACAAGGGCACCGGGCGGAAAGAGUCGGUGACCAUCAAGAACGAGGGUGGCCGCUUGAGCAAGGCCGAAAUUGAACGCAUGAUUGCGGAGGCCGAGAAGUUUGCAGAGGAGGACAAGGAGGCCCGCGAACGUAUCGAGGCGCGGGAUAAGUUUGAGAACUAUGCCAUUAACCUUAGAAACCAGCUCGAGAACAAGGAAGGCCUUGGCGAGAAGAUCAGCGAUGAUGACAAAGAGGCUCUCCGGGAUGCCAUCGCAGAAGCGACGAGCUGGCUUGACCAACAUUCGGCAACGGCCACGGCCCAAGACUUUGAGGAACAGAGGGAGCGCUUGUCCAAUGUCGCAUACCCAAUCACCAGCAAACUAUAUAGCGGUGGUGCUGGAACAGGGAAGAACGAGGAGUCCGGUCAUGAUGAACUCUGA